AUGCGCCUGUUGCGACUACGCCAUGGCCUUGCUGCCGGAUACUCUCCCUUGAGGCUCAGAACAAAUAACUGUCGCUGCUUUUCCAGCUCCCAGAUUCAUAAUGAGCUGACACCGUUUACCCGCCGGCUCUUCAAACUCCCCUCGGCCCCAUCUCCACCUUCACAACACCACAAUGACCUGACGACCUUUCUCUCCUACGCGGACCAUAUUUCGCUUCCAGAAACGAGUACGGUACAUGUCGGAACACACUACGAGUAUACCGUUCUCAAAACCCUACGUCGUUAUGCGCUAAACCUCGACCGCAUCGGCGGUCGCGACGACGCUGGCAUCGAUCUUGUUGGUACUUGGCAUCUCCCGGAGCGGGAGCGAGAGCGCGCACUCCGUGUGCUAGUACAAUGCAAAUCACUGAAGGCCAAGCUGGGCCCUAAUGUCGUCCGCGAACUAGAAGGAACAUUCCGUCAGGCACCUGUCGGGUGGCGCACGGCCGAGACGGUUGGCGUGCUGGUGAGCCCGCGCGAGGCAACCAAAGGCGUUCGUGAUACAUUAGCUCGAAGCGCAUACCCAUUGUUCUGGAUGAUGAUUGAGCGGGACGGAACCUUGAAGCAGGCACUUUGGAAUGCCCGUGCAGAAGAACUUGGGGUUGGCCCUCUAGGCGUGGAAACACGAUAUGGAACCACAGCAGACGCCGAGUCUGGCUCAAUUAGAAAGGAAAUGCUAUUGACUUGGGAUGGAUGUGAUAUCCCCGAUAUGGACCAGGUGGAGCAAAGCCUUACCGAGUUCGCCGAGCAAUGGGUUAAAUCCUGGGGUAUGAACUUGUCAGAAAUGCAAAAGGGGGAGCUUCUGGAUACUGCAGAAAGAGUUCUACCACAUGAUGUUUCCUCUCAAUUGCUCGAUAGAACCGUAUCGGACGCAGACCGGAAGAAGGUCAUUCAAGCUUUACAAGAGCGGCUACAACAGCAGCCGACAAACGAGUGA